AUGUCUCUUUCAGGGGGUACGAACUAUGACGUUGCGAAUAACAGAGACGAAGUACAAAACGAUAGGGUGGAGAUAUGUGAUAUUUUCAAUAGAAAAGAACAAAGAGAAGGCACAGAACAGCAAAUGCUAGAAUUAGGAUUAGAACCAAGCGGGCCCGAAAAAUUAGAUUCACUGGACGAGGAAACAAGAGCAGUGGUAAUGGGGAUCUUUGCUUCAAUUAAGGCGAAAGUAAAGAAAAGUCAGAGAAAAGAAAUAGUUCACCCAACAGGCAAAGCAAUUACAACAAUAAAUGAAACUGGGUCAACGGCAAACAAAAACAAAGGGGAUGAAUUGAAUAAUACGAAAGGAGAUAGACUAGAUAGAGACAUAGAAAUAAAGCAGUAUGCGAAAGAAAUGGGCCCACGAAGAACAUCAGGGGAUACAGAUAUUUUUGUGUGGCCUACCUCGCCAGCUAUACAUGAUGACUGGAGGGGCAUAAAGAGCACAUUAAUAGAAAACGAUGAAAAACGUCACCUGGAGAGCAGAAUCAGAGAGAUCAUCGAAUCAGCGAAGAACUCAAGUGAGGAGAUAGCCUAUAUGGGACGCGACGAAAACGGCACACAAAGACCACUACAAAAUAUUCUGCCAACACUCUGCCAUAUGACGAGCAAUAUCCUGUUCUUCGACGGGGACCCAAUUAACCUACCGCUGUUCGCGAGAAUGGUGCAAAUGGUUGCACGGCAAAUAGGGCCGGAGAACGAAUUAUUUUUUUUGGGCACCCUUGCCAACAGACUGAAAGGGAAAGCAGCCAAGCAUUUCGCGCCAAUACUGGCCCAGUUUAAAACGGUGCAAGAAUUUCUCCAGGAACUUUUGAACAGGUACGGAAGUAUAAACAACUCGGAUACCCUAAUGGCAAGGCUAAAAAUAAUCAAGCAGCAAAACAACGAGUCAAUAGAAGACUAUGGCGGGAGGGUGCAACAUUUGUACAAUAGACUGAUGAUGCUACACGAUUCGAACCCAAACCUACUGCCUAUCCAAAAACAGGUGCUGAAGGAAAGCGUAGAAGCAGAGGUAGUGAAACAAUUUACUUAUGGUCUACACCCAACAUUUAGGUGUAAAAUCACUAGUCUUAACCCGAGGACCCUCUGUGAAGCAAUCAUAGAGGCACUAAAAAUAGAGAGCGACCUCAGUUUGUGGCAUGCGAUACCGGUGAGUGCACUGCCUACAUAUAAUAUGACGACCGAGAUGGGACCACGAGUAAAUCUAGCAAGCAAGGAAGAAGAAAGAACGGAGAUCACUAAUGGGGCACAAGGGGCAGCAGCGAAUGAAAAACGCUGUUUAUACUGUGACGGCCGAACCGGACUCUCAGUCGAGGAAUGCCGAAGAUUGAUGGCUUUGAUAAAUGACAGGAAAACGGACUAUAACAAUGGCCCAUCGGAACUGUACAACAGAAAUGAUAACUACUACAACAGGAACAACAACUACAAUAACAGAAACAUCAAUUAUAAUACUGCAAAUGACGAAAACAGCAAUUACAACAAUAGAAAUACCAAUUAUAAUGAUAGGAAUGAUUACAAUAACAGGUACAAUAACUACAAUCACACGGGCAGUAAUUAUUACUUUAACCACAGCUACGGUAACCCUCAUAAUUACAACAACGGGAAAACAUUUAACCUUUAUAAAAACAACAACAAAAAUCAGGACAGUAGGGAUGGCUAUAAUAGAAACUUUAUAAGACCUGAACCACCAUAA